UUUCACGUAAACAAACGACCAUUACACUCGCAUUUUAUAAAAAUAAUCUCAAAUAUGUCUGAAAAAUCCAAAUCGGUGUCCUCAACGGCCCCAAAAACGUACAAAAGUCGACCUUCGACUGUCGGGCCACCGAACACACGCCGUUCCGUGGCACCGUCGACCACAAUGAAAGAUCGCAACACGCGUCCCACGAAAACCAACAAAAACGCUACUUUGGUUAGCGACGCAGAUUUAACAAUGCGUCCGGAGUUCGCUAUGCCUGAUUUCGAGACGGAAAACAAGCAAGUAGCGUACGGGAAGUUUUUGCGUUCGAUGUUGGAAGACUGUCUGCUGGAUGAGAAGAUUGAAAGGGAGGAAACGGAAGUGGAUAAACAGAUGGCGCUGUUGGCGGACAGGUUUCAGAAGACUAUGUCUCAGUUGGACAAGACUAAUCGGCGGCUGAAGGACAUAACGUUUGUUCAGGAACAGGAGAGACUAAUUGAACUCCGGCACCAAGACAAUGCUAAAAUCUUUGAAGCGACCGCCAACAGCACUGCUCCGGAGAUCCUGACCAGCCUGUCCAACACCGAGCAAGCUCAUCUAGACAAGCUUGUUACAAAGAACGUUGACUUCGGCUACGACAAGAACAGCGGAUACAAACAGUUACUAGACGCCGUAGAAGAUGCCAUCGGAGGCUUAGAGGAAAUCAAGAAGCAUUCCAACCUAGAUAUGACUAAGUUUAAAGAAUAUGAGAAUACGAAAACUAUGUCCGAGCAGAUGGAAUUGAGUAAAAUGGAUCUGGAGAUGCUGAAGACGGAGUUUGAGGUUAAGUUUCCGCAGUUUAGUGAGAAGCUGUUGAAGGAGGCUUCGGAGAAGUUUGCUAAGAUGGUUGAGGAUGGAGAGGAAUGAAUUUGUACUGUAUUUACAGUAGUACAGUACAUAUAGUGCUACUUUAUCGCACUAGUGGGGUAAUAAGGACUUUACGUGCCUAUGUCGGAAAUUUAAAGGCCUAUAUGUACAUUGUACAGUCAGCAGCAGAAGUUACUAAGCGGCCGAGGUGUU